GUUUUAACAGUAGUAGGAAAAGCAGGAAAGGACCUACCGCUUCAUUAUAGACACGUUGAGGAACAGCCCCACCAGAGAAAACUGGAAAGGAGCAAAGCACUCAUAAAAUGAUUAAAAUUUACCAAAGCAAAAGAGAAAAAAAGCAGAACAGAAACUAUGGCCCAGACCAACAUCUAGACAUUUGGUUCAGGUACAAGCAAGGCUUGUCUUCUCUUAAAUCUCUUCUCUUCUCUCCUACCUUUCCCCUCCACUCCCCUAUGAUAAGUUGUGCCUCCCCCUAGUGCCCUUCUCAAGAAAUGGGCAAGAAGACAGGUACAGGGUUGUCAAGCUUCUGCCUAAACAGAAUUAGGCCUCAUGUUAAAGUUCGUUCGCCGACUAUUCAAUCCAAGCCUAAUCCCGGUUCUGACAAACCGGAUCAAAUGACCAAGCAAAGUAGCAAACUUGGAGAAGAUAAGUUGACUGAUGGAGUGCAGGGGUUUGUAAUUGGCCGGAAAAUUAUGAUCGUGGUUGAUUCAAGCCCUGAAGCUAAGGGAGCUUUGCAGUGGGCACUCUCUCACACUGUUCAAAGCCAGGACACCAUCAUUCUUCUUCAUGUAACUAAACCCAGCAAACAAGCCACAAGUGAAGAGUCUGGCAAAAACAAAGCUCCAAAGGGAUAUGAACUGGUUUCCUCCUUCAAAAACAUGUGUAAGCAGAAGAGACCUGAGGUACAUGUAGAGGUAGCAGUGGUGGAAGGGCAGGAGAAGGGUCCAACAAUAGUGGAAGAGGCUAGGAAGCAAGAAGCAGCACUUCUGGUUUUGGGGCAGAAGAAGAAAUCCAUGACAUGGCGGCUAAUCAUGAUGUGGGCAGGAAACAAGAUUUCAGGUGGUGUUGUGGAGUACUGCAUCCAAAAUGCUAGUUGCAUGGCAUUUGCAGUGAGAAGGAAAAGCAAGAAACUAGGAGGUUACUUGAUCACCACUAAGCGGCACAAGGAUUUCUGGCUACUGGCUUAAAGUCUUUAAACAAGCCCAAUCUUACUGUACAAUAUUAUCCGGGAUUGUUUGAUCAGUGUUGUAAAUGACAGAGUACAUUGAGAAAGGGGAAAGGGGAAAGGGGCAUAGUGUGUGAAUGGUAAGAAAGGUUGUGUCAUUGUGUAGGGAACUAGGGGAGUGGGAUCCUUGGCAACUGGCCAGGGUAGAGGUAAAUGGGUCCUUUGAACCCCUUUUGGUUCCUCUUCUGGAUGAUAGGGUAGCUGAAUGGAAUACUCCAUCUCUUAAGCUGCCUGUGUUGCCUUGUAUGAUUGUAACCAUAAUUUGGGAGAAGUGUUAUUUGAGUAAUAGGUAUCCAUUAAUGUUGAAACUAGAAUAUAAUAACAGACCUCAU